AUGACAUACAAUGAAAAAUUUUAAACUAAAAAAAACUUAAAUUUCGUUAUCCCUAGAAAUUACUCUUUUACAAAACGGAGCAAGUUGGCAUCUCUGAGCCCAGUUAUGCCUCCGAUUUAGGUAUAAUAUCGGAGUAAAUAUGUGAAAAAAUAAUCAGUAGCUAACUAAUAAUAAUUUCAAUUCCUUUAACACUUAAAAAUGCAAACAGUUUCAUUAAAUAAUAUUUCAGGAAUGAUAUGUAACUAUGACUCACUAUGACAUUGUUCAUUAUAACUGCAGACUAAGUUAAACUUUUUAUUAGCAGCAUAUUAAUGCCAUAGGCUGGUUUCUGUCAUUUAUGACAUUCUUAACUAUGAUGACUUUGACUUACAAGUGGAACCAAGGAGCGCACGCUCACCCAGGCGUCUUUGUCUCAACUUUAUAUGGCUCCACUCACAGACUGGCUUGGGGUCUGUGUUUAGCUUUUAUAACAUUAUCGUGUACUUGGGGACAAGGCGGAAUCAUCAAUAGUAUUCUGAGUUGGGAAGGCUUUGUACCAUUCUCAAGAUUGAGUUACAUGGUGUACCUCAUUCAUCAUGGUCUAACGUAUAUUUAUACCGGGUCCAUAAGGCAGUCAAUGCUGUUAGGACAUCGGACUAUGAUCUUCAUAUUUUUCAAUAAUAUGUUCCUCAGCUUCUUGGCAGCUUUUGUGCUAGGUUUAAUCUUCGAGUCGCCUUUAAUGGCAUUAAAUAAAGCAUUUUUGGAUGGGAAGCUGAGAAAAAAAAAUAUGCCAGUCGAUACAGAGAAUGGAACUGUUAUAUUGAAGAAUGCUGAGUGAAUAUUGAACUGUGUGAAUAUGACUGACUUAUUUCUUAAAGACGUCUUCUUUGAAAAGUGUGUGUGUCAGUUCUUCAUUCAUGCUGCCAUAAAUCCAUUGGUAAUUUCCAAAAUGUUUUAACCAUUCCUAAGCUGUCUAUCACAAGUCAUUAAAUUAAUAAAAAAAUUAAAAAAUUAAGAUGAAAAAGGUAAUUGCCAAAUUUUAAUGCAUAGUAAUACGCAGAUAUCAAUUAAUUGUUCUGAAACAUUGCAAAUAUGCUCCAGAUCAGAGGAAACUUAAUUCCUUUUCUUCGUUCAGAUGUAUUUAUUGUUAAAAAUCCUGAAAGAUUUUCGAUAAAGAGAAGAAAAAAAUUAUCCUUUUUAUGUCAUAAUUUAAGUUAAUGAUAUUGUAAUUAAUUCAGUACUAAACUUAUAUAUGUAAACAAUAAUCAGACUUUUGUUUAAUAAACAUUUAUAAGAAAACUUAAAAUAGAGUAUGCAUACUCUUUUAAGUUGAUGAGCGAUUUCUAGUCAUUAUAAAUAUUUGUAAUACACUGUAGCUAUUUUUUAAUUAUGAAUUUAUACUA